AUGGUGAUGGCAGACCCGCAUUACGCCGUACUGUGUACAUUUGGUCUAUUUCCAACCUCAUAUUAGUACAAUAUAAUAUGUAUAUUUCCUUUUUGUGACCUCCACAUAAUAAAUCCACAUCUUGGCAAGAGAAUCCAAGACAUUCGUUCCCGGCGAAACGCCAUACAAUCUGUCUAUAGUGCCCGUACUUCCAACCCCAAACCGGAUCUCCCAACCUCACCCAACUCAACUCAACUCCGCCUUCAACACCACCUCGCCUCCUUCCUCUCCCCAGUCCACGACCCUCAGAAUCCCAAAGCCAUGUCGUCGUCCAAUCCUCCCCAGCUCUUCCUCCUCGCCGACCACAUCAAACUCUCCCUCCUCGAACGGCAGCGCGCAAUCUCCCUAAACCUCUCCCCAAACUCCCAAGAUGUCCAGAUAUCGCGAUCGCUGGACUCCCUCCGCUCCGGCAUCGAAUCCCUCGAGUCGCAAGUCGAAGACAAACCAGACGACGCAAUAUCAUCCCAACUCCCGCGCCUCCGCAGCCAACUCUCGGAGCUAACUUCUCAAUUCACGACGACGACCACCUCACCCACCUCCCCAACCCUCACAUCCCCCAACGACCCCUCCCUCACCGCCGACUUCGCCGCCGCCCAGUCCAAGAAACCCCGCCCCUCCACCAAAUCCGUCCGCUUCACCGACAACACCUCCGACGAUGACGACCCCAACCGCGCAUCACUCUUCCCCUACCGCGACGACCCCUCCGACGCCUCACCAGACCACACCGACCUCUCGAACCAGCAGAUCCACGCCUACCACCAGGACGUGAUCCGCGACCAGGACGAGCAGCUCGACCGGCUGGGCGAAUCCAUCGGGCGCCAGCGCGAGCUCAGCAUGCAGAUUGGCGACGAGCUGGACGGGCAGGUGCUGCUGCUCGACGACGUGGAGGAGGGGGUGGAUAGGCAUGCGGGGCAGUUGAGGAGGGCGAGGGGGAGGUUGGAUAGGUUCUCGAGGAAGGCGAGGGAGAAUUGGAGUUUGAGUGUUAUUGUGGCGUUGAUUAUUAUUUUGGUGCUGUUGAUUGUGAUUACGAAGUGAGCGGGAGCGGGUUGUUGAAGGGAAAGGGGGGGUUUUUGUGGGCGUUUUUAAAAGGCAUGGUUGGGCGUUUAUAGAGGCGUUUUACGUGGUCGUCACUGUCCUUUCGAUACACAGAAGAUGGCACAGCGUCACAUAGUCACAUAUCUACAUAUCUAUCUUAGCCAGGCCAGCUAGCUAGCUACAGCUCGCGGUGCCUAUAUAUCUGCAUCUAUCUAUAAAUCUGACUUUCAUCUAUUGAUCACUCUACUUCG